UCAACUUUAUUAAGGAAGUCCUCCAAAUCAAGCCCUUUGCUGGUGACUUACAAACAUUAACCCAGUGAUCUUAUUAUGAUAGCCCUUGACUUGAGAAAGAGAUCCAAGAUCUUGAAAAAGCUGAACUGCAAAUCUCAACGAACGAAGAGGCCAUUUUAAAGAAACUAAAAUCAAUUGAGAGGACAACAGAAGACAUCAUAAGAUCUGUGAAGGUGGAAAAGGAAGAAACAUCAAGAGAGUCAAUUGAGGACAUCUAUGCUGAUAUUCCUGACCUUCCAAAAUCCUACAUACCUUCCAGGUUAAGGAAGGAAAAAAAUGAAGAAACAGAAGAUGAUGAACAAAAUAGAAAAGCUUUGUAUGCCAUGGAAAUUAAAGUUGAAAAAGACUUGAAGACGGGGGAAAGUACAGUUCUGUCUUCAAUACCUCUUCCAUCAGACAACUUUAAAGGUACAGGAAUAAAAGUUUAUGACGACGGGCAAAAGACAGUGUAUGCAGUAAGCAAUAACCACAGCGCAGCAUAUAAUGGCACCGAUGACCUAGCACCUGUUGAGGUAGAGGAACUCUUAAGACAAGCCUCAGAGAGAAACUCAAAAUCCCCAACAGAGUAUCACGAGCCUGUAUAUGCCAAUCCAUUCUGUAGGCCCACAACCCCACAGAGAGACAAAGUAAGCCCUGGACCAAACUUUCAAGAAAGGAUAAAGAUGAAAGCAAAUGGACUGGAUGGUGAUGCCAGCGACUCCAUACACAAUAUGAACAAUGGACUUUCGGAGGAAGGGGCCAACAACUUCAGUCAUGUCAGUCCCGUUCGGCCAGUACCUCAUCCCCGAUCCGUGAUUCAACAAGCGGAAGAGACGUCACACAUCCCACAAAAGAAGCCACUGUCUCCUUGGGAAGAAGCAGGUAUCUUGCAGGAUGGAGAGGCACCCUCUCCAAAGGUGACACUGAGUCCCAGAGAAGCCAUCACCGGGAAGUCUGAAGGCCAGGGUUCUCCUCCCACUUGCCAAGAGGAUGAGGAAGAUGUUAGGUAUAACAUCGUUCAUUCCCUGCCUCCUGACAUAAACGAUUCAGAACCCGUGACAAUGAUUUUCAUGGGAUACCAGCAGGCAGAAGACAGUGAAGAGGACAAGAAGCUUCUGAUGGGCUAUGAUGGGAUCAUCCAUGCUGAGCUGGUUGUGAUUGAUGAUGAGGAGGAGGAGGAUGAAGGAGAAGCUGGAAGACUGGCCUACCAUCCCAUAGCUCCCUGUAGUCAGGUUUACCAGCCGGCCAGACCCACACCACUGCCUAGAAAGAGAUCAGAAGUUCAUCCUCAUGAAAAUAUAAAUAAUAAAUCUCCCCACAAAAAUUCCAUAUCUCUGAAAGAGCAAGAAGAAAGUUUAGGCAGCCCCGUCCACCCUUCUCCACCUGAUGCUCAGACGGCUGGAGAUGGAACUGAGGAUCCAUCCCUAACAGCUUUAAGGAUGAGAAUGGCAAAGCUGGGGAAAAAAGUGAUCUGAAAGGUGACUGCCUAUGUAAACAUGCAUUGGUGAAGAAGCUAAGACCCGUUUGCAAAUGUCUCUUCUGGAUAUUUUUGUUUAUUUUUUCUGAAAUCCAAAAAAUUAUAAUUGUAGUAUACCCAUAUUAAGCCAUGUGAAAAAGUAGUAAUCAUUAUUUUUGAAAAAUUUCAAAAAAGCUGGGGAGAACAAAUGCUUAACUUUUCCAGUCACUUGACAUGAUUCAAUGGGGCAGGGGGAAACCAUUUUUUAUUGUAUUGAUACCAAAGCAUUUCUAAUAAGAGCUUGUUAAGUUUAAGAAUAAAGUUAUUUAAAAUAUUCUGACUAUAUCAUAUUAACUGGCAUUGUAAUUUUGGUAAAACAAAGAUUGAAAGUCAUUGCACUUUGUCACAGAAGUAUCCAAGUCUGACAAGCAAACAUGUCACCCUGAUGUAAUAAUGCCUUGUUACAACCACAUCCUCCUGCU